AUGGAAAAUCCAUCCGCCAACAGGCUGCUAACCUAUGCACGCCACCACAAAUUGGCCGAAGACUGCACUGCCAAAUCUACUCUCACUCUCGUUGACGAAACAUGUGAGCCCCAACCUCUUCUUCCACCUCGCGAUGACCUCAAGAUCCCGAACCCAGAAGAGCGUAUGAAGAAGGUGUAUCAUGACUUCUACAUGAGUGUUUUGGAGCAGCCUCUGCGUGCCAAAGCUGAAGAUAUUACAUCCUUGCGAGAAGCCAUGCAUCCUAAGCCAAGCUCGGGAAACGUGUGGCGUGGUGUCCUUCCCCCUCUCAAGACAUCUGAUCUAGCUCCUGCGCCUUUUCUCAACACUUUCAACGAAGACGAGGGGAUUCCUCUUUCAACUGGCUUCGUACCAUGGCGCUCUGUCUCUCAGGUUGGUUCGCCUGGAGAUGACGACGACGACGAAGAAGAAGAAGUGGAGGAGCAGCAGGAAUAUGAGCCGGAGGGGGAUGAACUGGAGGAGGGAGAAGAAGACGAAGAAGAAGAUGAAGACCUCAUUCCUGGUACCGUCCUUCCUCCCAAUUCCAUGCCGAACCCUAUUAUCCCACAAGCAAUGAUGCAAAGCUUCGUUGACUCCCACGGACAAGCAAUUCCAACAGAGCUCAUCCUGAACCCAGUUCUCACUCAGAUCGAUUCCGUCCGUCCUACUGAUGCGCCAAGUGGACAGAGGGUUACCCUCACCCCUACGAUGCCUGCGAUACCUGAGAUGAUCGAUCUCCGAGCGCUCAUAGCGGAGCACAACAAUUGGAGAGCGAGGAUGGAGGCAUCAGACGAAGCGUUGCAGAGGUCUAUUGAGCACCUGGAAGCUAUGACUGGUGAAGCGCCCGGGUCGCUUGGGCUGGCCAAUGUGUACAACAACCCGGAUUCUGGUGGCCUGUACACUCCCCCGCCGAUGAAUGCUCAGAAUGUACCUGAAGGUGCGCUGGGCUAUCCCUUCGAUCUGAAUAAUCUGGAAGCCCUGGAUUAUUUUGAGGGGUUUGAGGAUGCUGAUGACUUUUAA